AUAAUGUAAACAGAAGAUAGAUUUAGAAGCGUAUAAAAACUCGCAGCGCGUAACUUCAUAAAUUAAUAAAUUUUAAGACAAGCUGAAGACAAGAGAAGCACCAGGAAAUAUACGAGAAUUAUAUAGUUAUAAAUAUAAGCAUAAAAUUAUAAUGGACAAGUGGCUAAUAGUUGUGACAUAUAUUUGCACGUGUGGUGCAAUGACCAGUUUAACAGAUAACGAAAUUCCAUCAACAAGACAAGACAAGAGUAUUAAAAACGCAGUAGAAAGUUGGAAAGAAAAAGAAUUCAAAGUUUUUGAACCUGUUCCUUGCCAAAUUAUCAAAUCGCCCUUCGGUUGUUGCUGGGACAAGAAAAGCAUACCAACGGGUUCGAACGGAGAAGGUUGUCCCGCUUGCAAAGACCAUAAACAUAUGAAAUGUAGAAAAUGGAAGCCAUUUUGUGGUGACAAACGUGUGAGAAGCAAUUGCCCUAAAACAUGUGGACAAUGUUCUUCUGAAUCCACAGAACGCCCUUGCUCAGACGAUCCAGAUUGGAAACCACACUGUCCCGCUUACAAGAGGAUAGGUUUGUGUCGUCUGUCAGAUAUUGCAUCUCAAUGUGAAAAAACCUGCAACAAAUGCUAAUGAUGACAAAUUUUAUAGCAAUUAUUGACACCUUGACAAAGUUGUGUAGAACGUAGAACGAAAAAGCUAUCUCCUACAAUUGUAUAUUGCAUGAGCUAUUUAUGGAAUUUCGUUGUAAAUUUUUUUUAAUUUAAGGUAUUCUAGAAAUUUGACGUAUUUGAAAUAUUUAAAAAAUGAUUUAAAAUAUGAGUUUAUUUA